UCUACACCAACAGCUGACAAACACAAAAGAUAACAUUCAAAGCAUAACGAAAAGAGAAAGAAGUGUGAGCAAAUAGUAUUGCAGGCUGCAGCUAUAGGUAUUCUCCAUUUUAGCUUAUACAGAAUUAAUCCACAUGCAAAUUGGCAGAAGAAAAACUUCAUAAGCAAUGAAAUUAAGCAUAAGAGAGAUACUUCUAUUUCCAGCUGUUCUUGUUCUGUUUCUUUCUAUAUCAACUGCUUCAGGUAUUAUUAGCACCAAUAAAUUCCUGCGAGAUUCAGAAACUUUAGUCUCCAAUGACAAAAGAUUCAUAUUCGGGUUCUUUAGUCCUGAAAAUUCGACGAAUCGUUAUGUUGGUGUUAUGUUUAAUGUCCAACCACCAACUGUUGUAUGGGUUGCCAACAGAGAGAAACCUUUACAGGAUUCUAGUGGAAGAGUGACAAUAUCUGAUGAUGGAAAUCUUGUAAUCUUGAAUUCACAGAAUAAGAGUAUAUGGUCAUCAAAUAUUUCACCAGCUGUGAGAAAUUCUACAGCACAGAUCUUGGAUACUGGAAACUUAGUUUUGAACGAUAGCUUAAAUGGGAGGGUUCUCUGGGAAAGUUUUCGGGAUCCUUCAGAUUGCUUCUUGCAGACCAUGAAAAUUGGCGUUGAUGUAAGUACUAACACGAGAAAUCUGCUGAAAUCAUGGAUAAGUCCUUCAGAUCCAUCUGUUGGGAGUUUCUCAGCUGGUAUUCAACCUGAAACAGUUCCCCAGAUUUCCAUAUGGAAGAAUGGGAAACCUCGUUGGCGUAGCGGUCCAUGGAAUAAACAGGUUUUCAUUGGGGUACCAGACAUGACUUCAUUCUAUCUCAAUGGAUUUGAUCUAGUUAAUGACAACAAGGGCACCGUGUACCUUACCUAUUUAUAUGCAAAUCAGAUUGAGCUGACGUUUUUCACUUUGAACUCAACAGGGUUUUUGCAGCAGAAAUAUAUGGAUCCUAGUAAGAAUGAUUGGGAAGUAACAUGGGAAUUUCCUGCAACUGAGUGUGAUUUUUAUGGAAAAUGUGGACCUUUUGGAAGCUGUGAUCCUACAAGCUCACCAAUCUGUUCUUGCUUAGAGGGAUUUAAGCCGACAAGUGAAGAGGAAUGGGGGAAAGGAAACUGGACUCGUGGAUGCAACAGAAAGUCCACGUUAGAGAGCGAAAGAAACAGUUCUAACCUUGAGCAAGGGAAGCAAGAUUGGUUUCUGAAGCUGCAGUCAAUGAAAGUGCCGGAUUUUGCUAUUUGGGUACCUUUUGUAGAUGAAGAUUGUGUUAAUAAUUGCUUGAGGAAUACUUCCUGCAUAGCUUAUUCAUACUACACAGGCAUAGGAUGCAUGCAUUGGGAAGGAAGCUUACUUGAUGUUCAGAAAUUCUCUAUGGGUGGGGCAGAUUUAUUCCUUCGCCUUUCAUACUCUGAGCGUGAUCAAAAGAGAGAAUAUAAAGUAGUCAUUGCCAUCAUAGUCCCAGUAGGCUCAAUAAUUCUUGUCAUUUUCGGAUACAUUUCCUGCAAAUAUGUAGCUAAGCGCAGAGGAUGGAAGAGAAUGAGUAAGAUCUUAUUAAGUGAAUCAUCGCCAAACUAUUACAAGGAAGACAAGAUAACAGAGGACAUCAAUCAAGCUAAAUUGGAAGAACUGCUUGUAUACAACUUUGAUAUCUUAGCAAACGCAACUGAGAAUUUUCAUCUGUCCAGCAAGCUUGGACAGGGAGGUUUUGGUCCAGUUUACAAAGGGAAAUUGCCAGAUGGACAAGAGAUUGCUGUGAAAAGGCUUUCACAGUCUUCUGGUCAGGGGCUACAGGAGUUCAUGAAUGAGGUUGUGGUGAUUUCAAAACUUCAACAUCGUAAUCUUGUUAGACUUUUUGGUUGCUGCAUAGAAAGAGGGGAAAAGAUGCUGGUUUAUGAAUACAUGCCAAAAAGAAGCUUGGAUGCCUAUCUCUUUGGGUCACAACAACAAGAGGAAGAGUUCCUUGAUUGGAGUAAACGUGUGAUCAUCAUUGAGGGAAUUGGUCGAGGCCUUCUUUACCUUCACAGGGAUUCAAGACUAAGGAUUAUUCAUAGGGAUUUAAAGGCCAGCAACAUUUUGUUGGAUGAAUACUUGAACCCCAAAAUUUCAGAUUUUGGGAUGGCAAGGAUUUUUGCAGGCAACCAAGAUCAGGCCAACACAAGCAGAGUUGUUGGAACCUAUGGUUACAUGGCACCUGAAUAUGCAAUGGAAGGAAGAUUCUCAGAAAAAUCAGAUAUUUAUAGCUUUGGAGUAUUGUUAUUGGAAAUUAUAAGUGGAAGGAGGAACACUAGCUUUCACCAAGAUGAUGGUGCAUUAAGCCUGCUAGCAUUGGCGUGGAAAUGUUGGAUUGGAAACAAGAUUGUGGAAUUGGUUGAUCCCAAGAUAACUGACCUGCACCUUGAAAAGGAAAUGGUGAGAUGUGUACAAGUUGGAUUAUUAUGUGUACAAGAAUAUGCAGAAGACAGACCAAAUGUCUCCACAAUUUUGUCUAUGCUCACCAGGGAAAUUGAUGAUUUACCAAGUCCUAAACAACCUGCAUUUACAACAAGACCGAGCUUUUCCAAAAAAUGCACUUCUAAAUCUCAAGGCUCCAUUAACAAUGUUACCGUUACUAUUAUGGAAGGACGAUAAGGCAUAUAACAUUUUUAUUUAGGCAUGA